AAUAUAAUUUUCUACCGCUAUUUCUUAGUGUCAUGAAAACAGUCAUCAUAAUGAUUUUAGUAAUAUCAUGAGAAAAAAUUUGGUCAUUGAUGCGAAAAAGGUUGAAUACCACUAGUCUGUUAUCUUUUGGUGCCAUUUUUCUUUCGACUGUCAAUUCAGUUUUCAACUGUGCUAUCACACAAAUGAUUGAUUUAUCUUAUCUUCGUCAGACCAUGGUAGUAUACACCUACCUCUAUUUAUUUUAGUCCCUAUCUAACUUACAUAAUCUGUGAAUGUCUUUAAGUUUGUAUGUCUAGCAUUACUCAUAUAUUUUUGAGUGUUUAAAAAAAAAGUUUAUUCUCAAAACAACAGUUUUUAAAUCCCUGCAACAUGGUUAAGCACUUAAUCAAAGACUUAGAAAAUUAGUAGUUUUAGUUGUGAAGUAAAUAUCAUUUUUAAAAUAAACAUUUUAAAAGAAAUAUGAAUGAACUCUUCUUUGUGUAAAGUAGCCUACCUAUUAACUUAUGUAAUUUUUUUUAUAUAGGCCUAUUAUCAAAAGCUAAUUUAAAUGUGUUAAAAGGUUGAAAAGUUGUUUUAAGUACAGGGUGUCUACUGACCGGGAAAUUCGGGAAAUUCGGGAAUUGUACAUGAGUUUCACAACCCGGGAAAAAAACGGGAAUUGUACAUGAUUUUUGCUUAGUGUACGGGAAUUUUUUUUCUUUGCUCGUGCAAUUUUCAAAGUGUUUUCACUUUUAAAUAUAUCUCAAUACAGAAGCCUUCGCACAGACCAAUAAGAUUUAUGUCAGUUGCUUGAUCAGAAGUCCAAGAACGGACUGAUAAUUUUAGCUAAAACAUACUAGAGACUCGUAAUUGCUUUAGCUUCUAAUGCACGUCAAUCCGUACUUCGGUCCAGAGAUGUGAGGGGAAUAUUAAGAAGAAUUUGCUGGCGACACUGUAUUUUCUCUCGCUCUGUUUUUCAUUUCGUCAGUAGUUUCAACGUCUCUAGUAAUUCACUUUGUUGUUUACCUACCUAAUCAGGGCUUACUGCGUAAUAAUUUACUUUUUUUUCUCUUUAAGGAUGCCUUAGUUUUAUGUUGCGUGUGUUUACCUAAUCAGUGCUUACUACGUAAUAAUUUACGUUUUUUUCUCUUUAAGGAUGCCUUAGUUUUAUGUUGCGUGUGUUGUUUACCUAAUCAGUGCUUACUGCGUAAUAUUGUACGUUUUUUAUUCUUUGAGGAUGCCUUAGUUUUAUAUUGCGUGUUUUUUGAAGCGGAUUUGAAACAUACGUGAUUCCUUUAUACUUGCCUCAAUGGCUAGGCGUAUUCGAGGAAGAAAUUCAUUUCAACCACAAUGGAAGGAAGAAUUUCCAUGGCUGCAAGAAGUCGAUGGAAGCAAUCAUUCUGCCAGGUGUUCAGUCUGUAGAACUAUUUUCUCGGUUGAGUCCAUGGGAAGAACAGCUGUUGUCAGUCACUCAAGUGGUAACAAACACAAACUUAGAUUAAGUAGCUCUGAGAAGUCCACCUCUCUUGACACGUGGACUACAAAAGCCGGUUCAGUUCAUGUGGCAACUGCAGUAGCAAAUGCUGUAGCUGAAGCUUCCUCUGUGUCUUCACUAUCGAAGCUCCCUUCAUUAGGUUUGGGCUCUACUGUUGCUAGCAGUUGUGAAGUUUCACAGGUAGGGCACCAAGUAAAACAGCAUACUGUAUCAACCAACCGUGGUUUAAGUAGUUAUCUUAAAAGAGAUGAAGUCACACGUGCUGAAACAUUGUGGUGCCUCCAAACAGUCAUGAACCACGAUUCCCUCAGAGGAGCUGCUAGUAGUGUUAGCCUCUUCAAAAGAAUGUUUCCGGACGAUUAUAUUGCUAACAGCAUGCAACUUCAAAAAGAUAAGAUUUCCUAUGUUAUAGUAUAUGGUCUAUCUCCUUACUUCCAUAGUGAACUUAAAACUCGCAUUAACAGUUGUGACUUUUUUAGCUUGGGUUUUGACGAAAGCAUGAAUAAAGUAGCACAAAAGCAACAAAUGGAUUUGUCUGCAAGAUUCUGGGACAUUUCACAAAACAGAGUAUGUUCUCGUUAUGUAACAUCAGUGUUCCUGCAUCACACCACUGCUGAAGAUCUUCUUAAAGCUAUAAAAGCAGGCCUAGAAGAUUUGGAUUUUUUGAAGAUCAUUCAAUUGUCGAUGGAUGGUCCUAAUGUAAAUUUCAAAUUAUUGAAACUUUUGGCUGAAGAUACCCGAUCUUUUCCAGAUGCUCCACAAUUUCUUGACAUUGGAUCUUGUGGACUGCACACUGUUCAUAAUGCAUUUAAGACUGGUAUCAAGAAGACUUGUUGGGACAUAAUGGAGUUCUUCAGAGCUUUAUACUAUUUGUUCAAAGAGGCUCCGGGUCGACGAGGCGACUAUACACAGGCCUCUGGAUCUAAUGUGUUUCCUCUGAAGGUAUGCUCAAUCCGCUGGGUUGAGAAUGGAAGAGUAGCAAAAAGAGCUAGGGAAAUGUUGCCACAUGUUGACAAAUACAUAAGUUCAGUUAAAGGCACAGCCAAGGAACCAACAUGCCGUAGUUUUUCAACAGUUUCAAAGGCAAUUAAAGAUAAUCUUCUUACAGCUAAAAUAGCUUUUUUUGAGGGACUGGCUGAAAAUGUGGAGGAAUUCUUAAAGGAAUUCCAAUGUGAUGCUCCAAUGGCACCAUUCCUCUAUGAUGCUUUAACAGUUUUAGUGAAGCAUGCUAUGACGAAAAUUGUCAAGAAGAAUGUUCUUGAGAGUACUUCUCUUCAAAAAAUAGACGUUUUGAAGCAAAAUGAGAGCAAUUCAUUUAUCUGUCUUAAAGACAUUAAAAAUGUUGACCUUGGUUAUGGGACAAGGUUAGCUUUGGGAAAGUGCAAGAACGUCUCCGAAAAAGAUAUUUUACUCUUUCGUAAAGAUUGUCGCACUGCUCUACAGCAUUUUGUAGUAAAACUAAUGCAAAAGUCUCCUCUGAAAUAUCCUUUGACCAAAGCAUUAAAUUGUCUGAACCCGUGCCACAUGUCUACAAAUGCUGAUGCUUGCAAACAACUUACAUCUGCUCUUGAAAUUGUUCUUAAAGCAAAUCUUUUUUCUGCUACCACAGUAGAAAGGGCUGACCGUGAGUACAAGGUUCUGUGUUCACAACCACUUGUAAUGGAAGAUCUGAAGACAUAUUCACGAUCCGAGACUCGACUGGACGCGUUCUGGAUGAAGUUGAUAGAUGGUAAAAAGGAGUAUGAAAACCUCGUUCCAGUAGUUAAACUUCUCCUAACCGUAUCACAUGGGAAUGCACCCUUAGAGCGUGGAUUUUCUGUAAAUAAAGAGAUUUUAGUAGAAAAUAUGAAAGAAACGUCUGUCAUUGCACAGCGUCGUAUUUAUGACCAUGUAACCUAUGAGGGUGGAUUGAUGAAACUUGACAUUACAAAACCCAUGAUUCUUUCAGUAAGAAAUGCGCAUUGCAGGUAUACAGAAGCACUCAAUGAACAACGACAAGCGAACGCAGAUGCUAUGAAACUUUCGGAGGCAAAUAAACGUGCUGCUGCUGAGCUUCGAGAGCUUAAGGAGAAGAAAAGGAAGUUGAUUGAGGAUGCUGAACGAGAAGUGUCCAUCAUCAACGAACGUGUUAAGGAGCUGCAGAAAUAAGUACCAUAACUUACUUAGAAUUGAAAUCGAGUUUUCGGACUAUUGUGGACCUGUGAAAUAAUUUAGUCAUUUACAAAAAAUUGAAGGCUAGAAUUUAACUUUUCAUAAAAAUUGUAUUUUUGUGUUAUCAAUGGUGUAAUGUAUAAAAUAUUACAAGGUCACUUAUGUUUUUAUCAUAAUUUGUUUUGAAAAUAGUGUCGUGUAGUGUGUUUAUAUUGUUUGUAUAAAUGUCACAGUGUUGAGGCAGAAGUGUUAUAAGGUAUACAGCUGAACUUUAUCAGGAUACGUUACUAAAAGGGUUGUUACCACGGACAGGUUUUCAAAUAAACCUUUUAAGACCAAGUGUUCAGGCAUGUGUAUGUAUGCUUGCAUAUGUUUGUAAAUUUUGUUUAAUCAUCUUUAUUUUUGUAAAUCUUCUGAAUAUCUUUGCAAAUUAAAUUUUUGAAACUUAGAAAUUACUAUAAUUUAGUUUCUGUUAUGUUAGUAAAGUGCAAAACUUUUGUACAGGAAUUUUCUCAGAAGUGUACAGGAAUGUACAGAAAUUGUACAGGAAUUUUGCUAGCUCAGUUUGGUAGACACCCUGAAGUAAUUAAAUUUACUAUCAAAAAUAAAAUGAGGCAAAAUAAUAACAAUUCCAAAAAUGUUAACCUAUAUAGAAUACUAUAUUGUUGAAGUUGUGCCUUCAUCUAGUAAAGUACCUAAUCACUACUUUGGUGCCUGUUGCUGACCUUAGUGUUACAAAGUGAAAACUUUUGCCUGUAGAGGAGUUCUCUUAAAUUUAAUUUUGUUUUAAAUGUGGUGGUUAAUACGUUCAGUUAGUUAAAACUUUAAAGACAAUGGCAAAACUAAAUUAUAUAUUUAAGGACGAAAAAAUAAUGGCAUAAAACAGUUAUGAUAAAUUGACACCGGGUUUAGAUAAAAUAAACAUUAAAUAUAGGUCUAAGUUAUAUUGAAGACAUUGCAGAUCAGAUAAGAGACUGUUUUAUUUUAUUGAAGAUUUCUGUAUACAAUAAUAUAAAUUUUCAAACAUUUUUUUGUAACCACACAUAAACCUAUUACUGGCUAGAAUUUGCUGCUUGUAGCAACCCUUAGAGAUUUCUCAGUAACACAGUCUUGCUGGGAUCAUUUUAAAAUUAUUUUUCCUGUACUGUAGUAGAAAAUUAGUUUACGUCCGUCCAAAGCCAUAAUGAAGGGGUGAUUUCACUUCAAUUCAGCACACACAUUCUACCUGACCCUCAUAGAUUUCAAUGAUUUUUUGUUUAUAGUUUACCUGCAUAAGUAAAUGAAUUUUUUUUUUUUUUUUUUACAUUUUUUAAGCGAGUGAUUUUUCCCCUCCCCCCCAAUUAAUUUACAAAAUAACUCAAAUUUUGCAUGUUUCUGAUGUAGAACAAUAUUUGUAAUUUGGGAACGAUUGAUGUUAGAAAGCUCAAAUUAGUCCCAUUUUAAAACUCUUUUAAUGGACUUUCACAAGACAUACAACUCGAUAGGGGCUCAUUCAUUAAAAAAAAAAAAUACAAAUUAAUACGAUGGAAAAAUCCAAAUUUGAUUUCUCACAAGAUCACAAUUUUAAAAAUUAAAAAAAAAAAAAUCCCUUAAAAAAAUUGAUUGCACCAUUCUUGUUUUAUUUAAAAAAAAAUCAUUUUAUGGGUUCAUGAGGUAUGAGGCAUAAAUCUGUGGUAUUUUUUAAGAGCAGGUAUUUAAUAGUACAAUUUUUUGUUCAUUUAUUUACUUUUAACCACUCUAAAACACAAGUAUUGAUGUUUUAAUGUGGAGCCAUAAGAAAUAGACAACAGUGACCAAGGGGUAAAGUCCCUCCGGCCUGUUGC